CGGGUACGGUGUACGUGGCCGCGUACCCUACACCGUCGAUUUAACGCAGAACCAUAAAUCAUCCUUAACUCCUCCUCGCAGUCGAGGGUGUGAGUGAGGACUUCUACCGGAAACCAAACUUUUUUCUUCUCACCCCCCUCUCCUCCUCCUCCUCCUCCUCUCUGAGGCGAAAGAGGAAAGCGAUGCUUCUCUCGGCCCCGUAGCUUCAGUUCCUCCUUCUGAGUUCUCCUCCGGCCGCCAUGAGUGCGCGGCUCUGCAGCGGAGACGCGGAGUAGCGGAGAGGAGCAGACCCGCGGAGGAACGGAGUAGCGGAGGAACGGAGGAACGGAGUAGCGGAGUAACGGUAACAUCAUGGAGCAUGGUACGAAAGAGGACCCAAGCCCGCAGAAAGAGCCACGGUUCCUGGGCAAAGCCGGCUGGGUAAAGAAGGCCUACGGUCGACUGUUGGCCAGCUACAAGGACCGCUUCCUCCGCGUGGAGAAGACCGAGAUCGCUGUGUACGAGAAUGAGGACCUGCAGAACUGCAUGGAGCGGCUCGAUCUGGAAAACUACGAUAAAUGUCAUGAAUUAAAGAGUCCUUUCAAGAAGAAGCACAGACUGGUGCUGAUCCGAUCAUCAAAGCCUGGAAACAAGGUCCACGACGUGAAGUUCCAGGCUCAGACUGCAGAGGAGAAGGAUGCUUGGAUCAAAGCCCUCGGCGAUGGCAUCAAUCGUGCCAAGAACAAAGUCUUUGAUGAGGUGAAGGUGGAUGAAGCCAGUAACCUGGAGCACGUGACCCGGACGAGGCCUAAAGGCAACCGGAACCGGCGGCCCCCGACCAGGAUACACAUGAAGGAGGUAGCUGGUGUGUCCUCUGACGGUAUCCUGCGCUUGGAUCUGGAUCUGGAGGAUGCAGUAAUGCCUAAUGGGACACACACGGACGGUGGGGGCACAUCCCCGUCCCCUCCAGCCACCGCCGGCCAGGAGAAAGAGAAAGGGCUGGAGUCGAGCGCCGGGGAGAAAGACGAGCCAGACGCCGGCCCCCAGAAGGCCAUCAAGCCCCCCAUGCCGCCCACCAAGGAGGCCAAGGCCGCUGCAGCAGCUGAGACUGAACCUGCUAAACAGGAUGGCCUCCAGAAGAAGGUCCUGAAGCCGCCGAUGCCUCCAUCGAAGGAAGCCAAAGCCUGUGCCAGGCCUACGGACGACGACACGGAGGAUCAAAACCUUGAUAAGAAGAAGACGGGCCUGCCGCCGACCCCCCCCAACAAACCCAACUCCAGCGGCUCCCCGCCGAGCCCCCACCCUCCCGCACCUCCAUCCAAGGACAAAAAGCCCUCUCCUCUUCCCGUGGAACCCGGUCAAGGCCUAGCUGAAGACAGCGGGGAAGAGGAGGAGGAAGAGGACACAACCGAUGCAGGUGUGGAACCAGAGGAGACGGACGAGUCGACCUCUGAAGAAGGCGACGACGAGCCUCCGAGCCUCAGUGUCACAGGAAGUGUUUCUGACGACGAAGAAGCACUUGACGACGGCACACCAACGCAGCCACGGAGACUCUCUCUAACUCCUCCGCCUGAAGAAAAGCCCUGGCCUAACGAGGGAGGGCGUCCUGCCUCCGAUGCCUCAGGCAGGUUUCCUCCAGCGCUGGAGCCGGCCCGCCCAGGCGAGCUCCCCUCAUUGGUGGUCUCCCUCAACGACCCCCUGGCCGACGGCCUCAGCCUGAGUCCACUUCUCCGUCACUCGUCCGGGCAGAAGGCGAAGAAGGCCGAGGAGAAGUCCGUAGACAGCGGCCAGCACUCCGACGAUGAGAGCGAAGGCUCUGUGGGUGAAGACGCACCGGCAGCUUCGGCCGCUUCGCCCACUUCGGCCGCUUCGGCAGGGGCGCUGGACGAGCUGGACGCCAGGAAGGAUCACAUCUCCGUUAGCCUUAGGCCGACCGCCAGACCUCCGGUCGGGCCAAAGCUCUUCUCCUCUCGGCGCUCAGAACCCAGUCAGAAAUCCCUCACCCCCUCAACCAAGGCCAAGUCGGCGUCCAGCGGAGAUCUGCUGUCCGACUCCUCGGGGAGGGUCACGCCGAUCCGGCCCAGAGGAGCGGCGGAUACGUGUGCUCCGCUUCCUCAGGACAACGUAGAGAAACUUGAGAGCCAAGUGGCUCUGGAGAUGGAAAACACGGAUGAACUCCUCAGACAAGCCAGGGGGGAGAGUUCUCAGGAGGGGGUACCGGAGGACCUGCUGGCCAAGGCCAUGGAGAAGCUGAGGAAGGCUGACCACUUCCUCCGGGAGGUCAAAAAACUCAAGCUCUCCAAUAACUCCGGCAACAGGAUGAGCUGGUGAAGCCCCGGGGAAGCAGACGGACUCGGGAGUGGACAGACUGGCCAGGACCGGGAUCGUCCAGGCAGAGAUUAGACACUUUAAACAAUCCUGUUUAGAUCAUCUCCUACGGAAGAGUAUCAGGGCCAGGCAGGAGAGAAAUUAUUUGAGAGGGGAAGAUUUAUUUUAUUGUGCACUUUGAGAAAAAGGUUGAAAUGUCGAGAGAAAAGUCAAAAUAUCGAGAUUAAUGUUGAAAUACAAUUUAGAGAAAAAAGUUGAAAACGUCGAGAUUAUCUUGAAAUACAAUUUCAAGAAUAAAGUUGAAAUUUUGUGAAUAAAGUCGAAAUUUUCAGAAUAAAGUUGAAAUACAAUUUCGGGAAAAAAGUCGAAAUGUGGAGAAAAAAAGUAGAAAUAUCGAGAUUAAUGUUGAAAUACAAUUUUGAGAAAAAAGUCGAAAUGUCGAGAUUAUGUUGAAAUACAAUUUCAAGAAUAAAGUUGAAAUUUUCAGAAUAAAGUUGAAAUUUUCAGAAUAAAGUUGAAAUACAAUUUCGGGAAAAAAGUCGAAAUGUCGAGAAAAAAAGUAGAAAUAUCGAGAUUAAUGUUGAAAUACAAUUUUGUGAAUGAAGUUGAAAUCUCGAGAAUAAAGUUGAAAUACAAUUUCGUGAAUAAAGUGGAAAUGUCUCCUCUGGUCCAUCAAAUCCAGUUAGAGCGACUGACAGCUCUGCAGCAGCAGCCGGAACUAACUAACUAACUUACAUCCUUGGAGUGUCUAUAGGCCUAUGAGGCAUUUUGUAAAGUCUCAGAAGGUUGACUUUAUUCUCGAAAUGUCGCUUUUUUUCUCGACAUUUCGACUUUUUUCUCGAAGUGCAUAAUGAAAAAAAAAAAUCUUCCUCCUCUAAAAUAUUAUUUUUAUUUUUCUCCUGCCUGGCACUAAUACUCUUCCAUACAUCUCCACAUCUGAUUGAAAUGAAACUUAAAUAAGUCGGAACUUCCGGGGGAGAAAGCUCCCACAGAGCUCAUUCAUGAGCAGCAUGUUUCUCUCAGUCCCGUUCUGGGAGCUCAUCACUCCAAACACCGCCGCUGCCUUUGUUCUGGGGGCCCAACGCCUCCCAAAAGUCUCCUAGAGGGGGUAGAGCUGCGGCCGGCCUCAUAGAAACGGGAUGCUUAUGUCACGGUUUGGUACUUCCUGUUUUAUUUUGAAGCCCAUGUGUUUGUGUUUUGAGUUCUUGUUUGACGUACGGACCAUCAGGGAGCAAGGGAAAGACAAGACCAGAUAUACACAAGUUUAACGAGACACAGGUGCAGCCCCCGGGUCUGGCACUCAGAAGGCGCGCCGAUUUUUUCCAGUGGCCAACCGCGGUACUGCAACCAAAAAUCCCAUGCGGCCCAGAAAGCUUUUUUCCCAUAGACCGCAAUAGUAAAAGAGAAGCCUCUAAAACUGUUCACAGGACACCUCCAGCUGUAAUCCCCGGCAAUUACUAAUCUUUGUAUUCUAUAUUUUUAAGUCAUGGACUUUAUAUCCGUCAAAAAUGUUUUAUAACGGCCAGAAAAGUAAAAGAAAAGUCUCUUUCUGGGCGUGACGUCACGGCUGACACACAGCCGUGUCCGUGCAUUCCACGGAUGUUUUAUAUUAAUAUAUAUUAUAUAAUUAUAUUAUAUUAAUACAUUAAUAAUAUAUGUAAUGCUAUACAUGUAAUAAUAUACAUUAAUUAAGAUAUUAUAUUAAUACAUAUUAUAUUAAUACUCGCGUCAUUGCCCCGGGGCAUGAUGGGAGGCCCCAGAGCAUCAUGGGAGGUGACUCAACUGCGCAUGCUCUAUGGGCCGCUGUAUGCGGAAGUAAACCCGGAAGUCAGAGAUUUUUUCGGCUUAUGCGCUGGCUGAGCAGAAUGCAUUGAAAUGAAUGGGCGGCCAUUUUUAGUCUCCAAUCCAGUUUCUAUAAUACAUCCAUGGUGCAGACGAUCAGGGCUGAUGGGAAACAGGAAGGUCAAACCAGAACUGAAACACAAAGACACGGGCUUCAAAAUAAAACAGGAAGUGACAAACCGUGACAGCUUACAUGAAAUCAGAUACUCAGCUGUUGAUUUUUGACUCUUUCCAGCAGUAAAGUGUUACUGUCGUAGACUGCAAAUGUGUUGCACAGAUGUGGCGGCCCAGCGGAGCCACACGAGCAGAGGGUUGGGGUCCGGGGAGGUCCGUUUAUGGCUGGAAGCUUAAGCAGGGAACUGUUCGCUCGUGAUUUACUUACUAUGUGCAAUUCUGUCUAGUGUCUUGGCAAAGCAAUGCUUACUUUACUGUGGUGUACUGGCGCCGUGUUUAUGUUGAGUAUCAAAUGAUCAGACAUUAUCAGUGAGAAUAAAAAGCUAAUAAUAUAAUGAAUGCUAUAUAGAGAAACUCAUAAAGGUGCUAAAUGAUUCAAAUCAAAUUGAAGAUAAGUUGCUUGUGAGGUUUAGAAAUGUUUCUUGCUUGUCCUGGCGUCAGUGUGGGGGGGGGGGGGUUGGUGCCGUACACUAUGGCAAGCCCGUUUAAUAUUUAACAGCUAGACUGGAUAUAUGUGUUGCACAUAUCUACAAUUCAAUUCUUCCUAGUCAAAAAGAGCAUUUCAGAUAUCUACAAUUACAUUCUUCUUCUUUUCAGAUAUCAAUAACGUAAUUCUGCAGAGGACAAAUUACGUCACUUUUGCCAUUCAUGUGUGUGGGGUUUCUAAUUACAGAUAUCUACAAUUCAGUUGCAGAUAUCUGCAAUGUGAAUAUGGAUAUCUGCAACUGAAUUACAACUAGCUGUAAUUCCAGUUUCAGAUAUCUACAAUUUAAUUCUGACUAGUCCUAAUUCCAGUUCAAGAUAUCUUUAAUUCCCCUCAAUUCAAGAUAUCUACAUCGUCCUUUUUAGAUAUCUUAAAUUAAGUUUUGAGUAGUCAGAACGAAGUUGUAGAUAAUCUCAAACUGGAAUUACGGAUAGUCAUAAUUUAAUUGUAGAUAUCUAUAAUCAAGUUAUAGAUGUAUUGAAAAGAAUUUUAAUUAGAGAUAUCUCAAAUUGGAGAUAUCUCUAACUUCCAUUCUGCCUAGUCAAAAUGUAAAGAUAUCUUGAAUUAGAGUUUUGACUAGUCAAAAAUGACGUUAUAGAUAUCUUGAAUGACAAUUGGCAGUUGUAGAUAUCUGCAAUGUUAAUUCCUGAUAGUCAAACGUAGCCAUUAAAUGUUAAAACGGCUUACCAUAGUAGCAGCUUCCAGCUGCUGCAGUACCUGCUCAUCACGAGGAACAUCCACGAUCUCACCAGACUAUUUACAUCUCUGAAGUGAAUCAAAUAAUAUUUCUCAGUAUCAGGGCCAGGCAGGAGAAAAAUAAAAAUGAUAUUUUAGAGGAGGAAGAUUUGAAGUACAAUUUCGAGAAGAUCGUAAUGUUGAGAAAAAAGUUAAAAUUUUGUGAAUAAAGUUGAAAUGAUGAGAAAAAAAGUCAAAAUUUCGUGAAUAAAGUUGAAAUGUUGAGGAAAAAAAGCAAAAUUUUGACUUUAUUCUUGAAAUUGUAUUUCAACAUUCAUCUCGACAUUUCAACUUUUUUCUCCAAGUGCACAAUAAAAAACAAUCUUCCCUUCUCAAAUCUUUUUUCUCCUGCAUGGCCCUAAUACUUUUCCGUAUAUUUCUGUUCCAUGUUGAGAGAUUGCAUUGUUCUUAUUUUUUAAUUCUGAUAUAUUUUUCAUACUAAUGUUGUACAUAGCUCAGAACAACGCACUUGUAGACGCUCUCUUUAACCCCUUUUUAAAAAUACAGUUUUUAAUGUCUUUUUUACGGUGGAUUUCUGCCCAACAGUGCUGUUCCUGAAGAGACUUCCUCAGGUCCAGCUCAUGUAGUGGAUAAGAAUAUUUUUCUGACAUAGAUGCAGUUUUGUACUCUGAUCAUGUUGAUGGAUUCUGCUGGAAUAAAAAGGGAAAGUCGUCUCUG